GCGCACCACUACGCACCAAGGCGCACCACUACGCACCAAGGCGCACCACUACGCACCAAGGCGCACCACUACGCACCAAGGCACCACUACGCACCAAGGCGCACCACUACGCACCACUACGCACCACUACGCACCACUACGCACCAAUUCAUAG